AUGAGUUAAAGGAGAGUAGCCUAAGCCUACGUCAUGGCGGGUGACGAGGUUAGUUCGGGAUCCAGUGUGAGCAUUGGAGACCCGCAGAUGAGAGCUCUCCUGGAGGCCCUGUCGAGGGGGCAGUUGGUGGUGAAACCGGCGAUUGGGCUCAGCGAGGCCCAACGUUUCAAUGGAAGCAGCUACAGUACGUGGCGCUUGAAGUUCAGUCGAAGGGCGGAGGAGUGUGAAGUGAAUUCUGCGGAGAAGGCCUGGGCAUGUUUGGAGAGCAUGUAUCUUAGGCCAAGCAACGCUAACAAGUCUGCUCAGCAGCUUGGAGGAUUAGUGGUGCUUGUUACCACUGCGGUAAGAAAGGGCACAAGGCGAUAGACUGCUACGACAAUCCUAAGAGCAGGAAC